AAUACUAGUUAGCCACGGAACAAAAACAAGUCCAUAUGUGGGCUUUUACUUUGUGGGCUGAACCAUGUGCUUUAGGCACCCAACAAUUAAUGAUAAAGGAAUGCUGAGCCUAUAGUCAAAUUUCAAGCCUAGAUUCAUCUUUUGUCGAGUUAGUUAAGCUUGACGUUGAAAAAUCAUCUUUCCAUUCCAGUACCUUGCUUGCUUGUUGAUCAUUUGAGAUUUCAGAGUGGAAGAGAGAAGGAGACGCACACGUGAUGAUGAUGGAAUCUAGUGUGAAAAGGGAAGAAAACGUGGAAGAUUACGUGAAGAAGGCAAGGUUAAACUCAACGCUUGCCGCUCUACUCCAUGAUCCUAUACUUGCUGAUGUGCCCAAGAAUCCAACCUUAUCGGACGUGGACACUCUCAUCAGCCUCGAAUUGGGUAGCGCCAUGCGUAUCUCCAUCCUCAAAUUGGAUGACACUUCCUUCGAUGUGGCACUGAUGAAUUCGGCAACGGUCAAGGAUUUGAAGCUUGCAAUCAAGAAGAAAGUGAACAAUGUGGAGCAAUCCAAAAUGGGUCAUCGUCACAUUUCGUGGAAGCAUGUUUGGGCAAAUUUUUGCCUAUCAUACAAUAAGGAGAAGCUACUUGAUGAUAACUCUGUGCUUCAGGAUUACGGCAUACGUAAUAAUUCUCAGGUACACUUCAUCCCCUACGUCAUGUCAAAGGAUUCUCAAAAGCACUCAAGGGGUAGAAAACACCGCUUCUUUCAUGGUCUUAACAAGUAUGCUUGAAAAAUCAAUCAUGUUGCUUGAUCUCAUGGUGCUGCACGGGUUCUGGAUCUCCUUUGUUUAUACUUUUCUAUAACUGUAGCCAAUCAUGCUAAUUCUUGUUGUCAAAUCCAAAAUAUAGAUAAGCUGUUCGACCUUUUGGUUUUUUUGUGCUGACCAACAAUGUAAUAAUGUAAUAUAAAACAUUGCUUAAGGAUGAUUAAUUUGUUCAUCUAUUACAUGCCAGGAAUGAUUAAAUGAAA